AUGCAGCACAAGUUGACCUCCAAGCUCAUGCAUUGCUUUUGUUAUAAGAUUGUAUCAAGCAUCCUCACCAUCUGGGUCUAUUACUCGCAUAAUUUCUCCUCUCAGUUCGUUCAAAACGACAAAAUCGAUAUGCAAUCACACAGCAACCGUACAUCUCGCUUCCCAACCACAGCUGCGAAGUCCGAAGCGCGUCCUGACGCAAGUGCACUUGGUAAGCUGUCAUCUUCCGCACCUGCAAAGGGUGGCUCUAUGCCUGCCGUAACGAGGACCAUCGGACGAUCAACCGCAUCCAAUUCGGUGUCCGUUGCUUCGGUAUCCAACAAUACCUCUAGUGACACCCCUUCCGAUGACGGUUCGCUACAGUAUCAACGUUUGGCAAGGUUCACGGCCCAGAACCACCAAGAGGACGGCACUCCUUAUGGCCGUCUCCAGGACAUUAUACCUACUACCACUGCCGCCGCCAACAGGGACGCGGAAGCACGCGAUGUCUUCUAUCAGGCUCGUGCUGCCGAAGCCAUCAACCAAGUCGACAGCGCCUUCAACUCCAGCAAGUAG